AUGCCCCUGCUUGUGCCAGUUCAAGGCGUAUCUCGCGUCGGCGUUAACGCUGACACUUUUGGCGGUGGUCCGUAUACAGGAGGCCCCUACGGACAGGCCAAUCUGGAAUUGCAUGGUGCCGGACACAUGGGUGUCGCUCCUUUAGACAGAAUAAUCAUGUCGCUUGAAUCGGGAAUCGAGAGCGAGAUCGAAUACGCGCUUUCCACGCUCACAUACUACUCAUGCAACGAGCCAAAACUCUUGGACUUCACGUCCCACGAGCUCAUGGGCAAGGAACUCAUUCGUUAUUUUGUGAAACCAUACCAUAUGAUAUUGGAAGGAAAAGAGGCCGAUUUGCGUGCCGAGGUGGUUUCUCUCAGUUGUGAGUCGCUUCUAUCGCUAAGGAAUGCCGUUCAAGAUCUUCACAACCAGCAGUGGCUUUGUCAGCGGGACAAUUUCCGUAAAUUCGCCGGAGAGACCCUCAAAUUCCUUGCCAACUGGUUCUACAACCCUGGCGUGCGCAAGCUGCAUCUCAGCCAGUUCAGCGAGCUCUUCAGAGAGGCGUUCUUGUACUUGCUCGACAUCCUUGACCCUAUCACAUGUUUCUACACCAACACCACCAAGAACGACUCCAUGUUCCACACGUUCCUUCACAUCUUGAGUCACACCUCCGACAGGUACGUGUUGCUCAACACCAUCAAAUCCUUGCAUCAUUUACUUUUCACAAAGGCUUCCAACGAUGCUACCAAGGCCGACGACGAUGACACUCAGGAUACCAAUAACUGCAUAGACUCAUUGCUGAUAGAACACCUCCUGAUCAUUGUCCGUACCUUGGUCAUCAAUGAUGAUGAACUUACACAUGCCUCGUUGCUGUUUUUGCGCCAAUACGUUACCCUGGACGCGUUGCAUGCUCAGUAUCCUAAUUCCGUUGCCAAAUCGCAACUCCACCGUGUUAGAAAGCUCAUGCAAAACAACUCCCGCAUGUCCAACACCCACAUCUUGUUGAAACAGCUUCCCGAGUUGAUCAUCGCUAAAUUGCCACUCGUGGACCCUCACAAGUUUCAAAGCACGUUGCCUGUGACAUUUACGAAGCGUUCAGCAUACGCGGGCAUUCCCCUUAGUACCGCAAAGCUCCCCAAAAAAUUGUACGAUAUUAUCAUUAACUUCCCUGAACCUUUGAGAGCGACUACGUGGCUUCGGUGUUGCUACGAGCCUUACACUCAGGUAACUAACCCAGACGACAAUCAAAAGGAUGUGGCUGCCGGUGAGGUCACCCAGAUUUCGCUCUGGAAGGCGUACGAAAACCAGUUCGAGGCUAUUUGGAAGGAACGUCUCAAUCCUAACUGGCCCAACUUGUUGCCUGCCGUGGAGUUCAUCAAGAAUGUGAGUUCCGCUUUUCCUAACUCUGAGGCCAUGGUGGUGAACCUUCCCCAGUCUGACUCUUCUGCACAGCCCGGAAUUCAGCCCCGUCAAUAUCCCGUCAAUGUCGAGAUUGGUAACUUCGAGGCCUUGAGAAGUAUACCUGCCACAGCAGAAGAAAAGCAUAAGCAAAGCGCUCCCAUCGGUCACAUUGAUACAGGAGCCUUUGAGGCUGCAUUAGCUGCUCAGAAUGAGUCGUUGUUGCAAGCUUCUGUAGGGUUGAGCGGUCCCGAGGAUACAAAUGCUCCUUGGUACUCGCCGAUCAACGGCGUUGCUCGUGAUGUCUUGAGCAAGAUCGUUGACGAUCUUCUUGAGCCAGACACCGACGGUGCUUAUAAGAACGUCUUCAGGCAGUACAACCAUGAGUGGUUACCGGACCUCGUUUACGUGAACCCUGGUCUUGUCGAGCAAGAGUACAUCUGCGGCCAAUGGUUGCUGUACCUUUUGUGA